AUGGCUAAGAUGAUUGUUGAGACAGAAUCUGUGUUUGUGUGGUUUGAACUAGACAUAAGUAAGAGUUAUUAUGUUAAAGUGUGGUUCCAGAACCGUCGCACCAAGCAGAAGAAGGACACGACCAAGGACUCUGACAAGCGCUCCUCCUCCACCUCGGAGUCACUGGCCACCUGUAACAUUUUACGUCUCCUCGAACAGGGCCGCCUCCUCUCCGCCCCGCCCCCCAAUCCCCCAAUGGGCCACCACCCAGGAAAUGGCUCCCUAUUGGUCAGCUCCGGAGGGGGCUCCUCCUCGCCAGGGGUGAGUAGAAGCACGCCACCAGGAAAUGGCGUUCUUGGCAUGGGUGGAACUUUCGGGCUGUCACUGCCCUCCCUGGGAGGGACUUCGCCACGUCUGGGCAUGCCGCCGCCGCACUCACUGUGCUUCUCAAUGCCGCUGCUAGGGGGCGCUCAUCAUGAACUGGCGUCUGGGUACGGGUGCGGGUCCUCGGCGUUCGAGCCGUACAUGCGGCUGGACAGGAUCUCCAAGGAUGGAGAUCUAAGUGGGAAGAAGAGAGUUUCCUAAAAAGCGGCCAUUAAGGGGUUGGGAUGACCCCCCCCCCCCUCCUGCCUCUGGUCUCCCACCUAUCCACCCACCAACAUUGCUGUCCGUCAUCGGUUGGCUCAUCAACAUCAUUGUUCAGCUACUGCCUGCCACGGUGGGGGGGUGGGGGGGUGUUACGGAACAGGACCAUGUGGUGUGACAGACAGGGGUGAUGAUGAUGCCCGUCACACACAAAAACUUUGCUUGUGAAUUAUUUGGGAGAAAUGAAAUGUGUGUGUGAUUCAUACGGAGAACAGAUAUUUUUUCUUAACGCUUCUCCUCCUUUGUUCACUUUGUCCAGUCAGUGCGUUUGUGUGAUCGUUCUCUUCUUUCUUUCUUUCUUCAUUCAUUUUCUUUCUGUUCCAUAAUGUUUUUUAAAAGCCUGACAUUGUAGAAAAGGCCCUGACUGAGUCAGUGUAAGUGAAUAAGUGUGAUGUCGUCUGUAGAUUACAUUACAAUACAAAGGAGUGCAACCAGUUACCCCUUUAACAUAUUACAUACCUUCCAGCAAAAUGACCAGGUUUCCCAUCUUGUGGCAGUUUUCUGCCAGAGCGUUCCAAGUAAAAUAAUCAUACGCGUUAGCAGUUUCUAAUGUUAAUUUGCACUGUAUAGUGUCCAACACUGAUUCCUGUAAAUUCUGUAUUUGGUUGGUUGUGUGUGUAUUUAAAAAAAUGUGGACAAGCAAUAUGUGAACUGAAGCUAGUCCUUGUCAAAUCCAUGCUAUGAAGAAGAAAAAGCAGUUGAGAAAAGGUACUGGGGGUUACAGUAUGGCCUUGCCAAAGUAACGGGUUAGCAAUAGCGCCGUUAGCUUGGCCUCCGCUCUGCGCUACGUCCUCACGUCGUCAUGUCGUCCAAUCAACCGGAGUAAAUCGAGAUCAACCUGAGGAGCUUGACCUCUGACCUCUAACCCCCUGACCUUUUAUCCACUCCCAUGAGAUUAACUCUUGAUGUGUAAUUCACCGGUGACAGUAUCACUCCGUAUGCUUUACCAUUGGCUACAGAGACUACUCUCUGGUUUAAAGCCACCCACCCGCAGGUUGCCACAACGACCCCCGGUUUAGAUAAUCUCUGAAUGUUUGCAAACAAAAAGGGCUCAUCAUCAUUGGGGGGCGGGGCGGGGGGUGAAUUUGUUUUAGUGUACAUAAAAAGCGACCCAUCUGUCCCGUACAUAUCCCACCACAGCCCCCUGUGCUUGGUCUGGCCAAACACUCCUUAUCCCAAAUCUUGUGUUUGAAUGUUGUUCACGUAGGUUUGGUGCACACACACACACACACACACACACACACACACACACACACACACACACACACACACACACACACAGACACAGACACAGACACAGACACAGACACAGACACAGACACAGACACACAGACACACAGACAGAAUUCCUAACCGGUUCAUAUCAAUCCUUAUCUCAUGGAAGUCUGUGUGUGAUGUUCUGAUGGGUCAACAGAUACUGUAGGAUGCAGAAGGCAUCAUCUCUUUUAAACUGGUUUCUUCUCUCAAGUCAUAAGCUUUUUUUAUGUAUAUGUUUUCUCAGAUUGGUACUUUCAAUGGCUUCUUUUUAACCUUUCCCUUUUUAUUAUUUAACAAUUCUAUUUGGCUAUUCCUUCCUAGACCCUCUCCCGUGCUCAAGACUCGCCCRUUUACUUUGAUCUAAAGCACUUUAUGUUCCUUGAAGAUUUGUAUAUGAUCUCCCAUCUCCCUCUUUUUUAAUAUAGUUUGUUGUCAUGUGCUAGACCGUGAAAGUUAUUUGAGAUCUUGAGGUAUCAGAUAUUCACAGGUUGUAUCACCUAUAGGUACAGUUCUAAACGCAGUGUAUGCAGACUAUCUAUUAAGAAGACAGGUUAAGGGUUAGUCAGCGAUUCUGGAUUCCUUCCAGAUUAUUUUCUCAAAGAGACUCGAGGCUCCAAACCCUGGUCACUGUAAUUCGACCUCAGUUUGUCAAUGUUAACUAGAGUUAUGUCCGCUGGGUUUUUUGACAACUUUCUACUUCUCACCUCUAGCUUGGUGGUUUUCCUAUUCGUCGGGACAUGGGUUCUACAAGGUGUCGAAAGCGUUCCACAGGAAUUCUGGCCCAUGUUGACUCCAAUGCUUCCCACAGUUGUGUUAA